CUCUGAUCGUUAAACCCAGUAAAGUUGAACUUGAAGAUGGAAACGUUGACCAAUUUCAGUGUAGAAUUUGCCUUGAAACUGAUGAGCUGAUUCCAAGUCUGGUUAAAGGAGGAGGGUUGCAGUAGGUUGAGGUUCAUAAAAUGUUGGUCAAAUUAUGAUAAAACUAAACCCGAGCUGAUUUUGGUUAUGUUUGGGCAAAGCAAGCAUAACAGAUUUCCGAUCGAAGGCAUAGGUGGGGAUUUUAUUGCACCUUGUAAAUGCAAGGGUACAUCAAAGUAUGUUCAUCGUGAAUGCCUCGAUCAGUGGCGUGCUGUGAAGGAAGGAAUUGCAUUUUCUCAUUGUACAACCUGCGAGGCUCCAUUUUACUUGAGAGUUAACGAUCUUCAAAGAAAAUGGCGAACCAUAAAAUUUCGGUUCUUUGUGACCACAGACAUUUUGUUCAUCUUUCUCGCAGUUCAGCUUGUUAUAGCUGCACUGGGAUAUUUAGUAUAUGUGAUUGAUACACACCAGAAGUUUUGGCUUCGUCUGCACUGGGGUUUUGGGAGCGAACUAGGCUUCUAUUACAUAUGCGGAGCACUGUUGUUUUUCGCUUUGAUGGGCAUAUCUGGCUGUUUCUUAACUUGCUUUGACGAAAGUGUGCGCGAUGAUUUGAGUCAGCCCUGCCAGAAUGUGUUGUCUUGUUGCUCUUGCACUAGCAUCUGUGCAGACUGUCGUACGCUUACACCUCGUACAGGUACAACUUAUAUCUGCAUUGAUUCUAACAUAUGCUCCGACAAUUGUUCAAACUCGACAUGUGAAUGUUGUUCCGAGAAUCAUUCUUGCACGGACUUUGAAUGUGGGAAUUGCUUAGGAGGCAAUGAUGAUCAAUCUGGGACACAAGCAUUAUUAGUUGUGGCUGUAAUUGUGCUAGGACUAUUUGCCCUCCUUGGCAUGUUUUACAGUGUUUUGGUUGCUACGAUGAUCGGACAGAGAAUUUGGCAGCGACACUACCAUAUACUCGAGAAAAGAAUGCUGACAAAGGAAUAUGUUGUGGAGGACGUUGGCGAGGUGGCUUGUAACGAUUGGUCACCGCCACCACUGCCACAACAACAUGUUCAGAGGCUGGAAGCACUUGGACUUGUAUAAAACUUGAAGGAGUUAACAAAGGAAACAACAGAUAGAUUACAACUCCAUAUUGGCUCAAGUCUAUGCAGUUCCAAGUGACAAUUCUUAUAUACCAAAAGAAAAUCUUUUUUGAACUCAAUAUUUUUUAGUAAAAAUUAGUUAGAAGAGUACUUUUUAGUAAAUAAUUACUGAUUUUAGUGAUAUUUUUUAUUUAUUAUCAUUUAUAGCAAUGCAUAACAAUACUAUGAUAAAUCUGCACUAUGUAUUAAAAGUGAAUUA